GGGAAGGGGAGGCACCAUGAGCCAAACCGUGACCAUCCUGGAGCCCCAGGCCAAGCAGCAGGGCUUUCAGACCCGGUGCGAGGUGAAGUCGGAGGCCAGGGGCCGAGUCUCCGGCGGCCGAACGUAUGAUUACCUGUACGAUCCGUUGUUUACUGUGUCAAGUGAGCAAGACCACACACAGGCAAAUGUCCAAGCAUUCCUGAGUCGAAGCAGACUGAGGAAAGUUCCCAGGUUUAGGACCAUGUUCAGUAACCUGAUCCAUUACCCAAGACAUUCUCUAUAUUGGAGCAAGGCAGAUCCCGUCCCACCAUUCAUCAGUCGGGAAUGGAGGGGACAUGAGGAGAAACAGAGAGAAGCCCUCCAGCAACUUGGCGUAUUUGACACUUCUUUUCAAAUGCCUAAAGACGUUUAUGAAGAUCCUGAUGUCACUGGGAAGAAUCGCUAUAAAUAUUUUGAAAGGCCGUUCCUUCCAUUCUUUCAACAGAUGCCACCCAAUGUUGCUUUGGAAUCAACCAAACUAGAGACAUAUACUUUUCCUCCUUCUUCGUCUAAGCACCAACCCAUUCCUUCAAAGUAUACUGUGGGCACUCAGACGGAUUAUCGUGAUUCCGAAGCUCAAACAGAUCCGUAUUCUCCAGAAUAUGUAGUGUGUCAGGAUUCAAUCCCUGAGCUCUUGACCCUGGCUACUCUGACUUGGGGUCGAGGUCUCCCGGCAGGACAAGCUGAGGUGGAGAUGAUAGAACGAGCCCGGGAGAAGCGUGCCUGGGAAGCCACUCUCCCGACUCUGAGUGACACCGCCCAGUUUGAGAAGAGGAGGAGGAUGAUGAAUGCGAUGGAGAGGAAGGAGUGGGCCUUCCGAGAGCAGGAGAUUGAAAAACUGCAGGAGAUUCGCCUGGAAGUUCUAAAAGAGCUGCUGAGGAAACGUCUCCAGAAAAACAAUGAGAUGACUAUGAAGCACUUGAAUGCCCAAUGGUCUAACCUGCAGGAAGCAAAAGAGGCAAAAUUGGCAAAAAUCCGUCGUGCACAUGUAUCAGCAAUCAGAAAACUUAUGGGAAAGAGAGAGAAUGUAGAAGAGAAGUUCCAGAGAAGAAAUAUCAUCAAGGACUAUUCUGAUUAUGCAUCACAGGUCUAUGGACCUCUGUCUCGCCUUGGUCGUUUCCCAGACAAUGAUGAGGACUUUGUAGUAAAAAAUCACUAUCUCGACACCUAUGAAGGAUUAGUGGAGCUUGAGUCCUGUCUCCCAGAUUUUGUGACACAGCCCCGAAUCCAAGCUCCAAAGCCUAAAGUCACAACCACCAAAGCUGGCUUUCUAAAGAGGGCGGCAAAGCUGGAGAACGAGUUGGCAGAGGUUCAUAAGGCACUGUUGGAUAAGAGGAAUAGAGUUCCCGAACCAAAGAAACCUCUGCUCUUUCUUCAAAGAAAGCCAAUACCUCAACCUCGGCUUCCAACUCCAACCUUGGAAAUGACUUCCAAUGAAGAAGAAGAUAUAGAAAAGGCUGUUAUCUACCUUCAAAAGUUACUCCGGGGCAGAGUCGUUCAGAAUGUGAUGUUUGAAGGGAAAGAAAAGCGACUGGAGUUGAUCCAGGAGCUGCGCACCACCCACGCUCUACAGGAAGAUGACAGGCUGGUGAGGAAAACCGAGAAGCAAGUGACACUGGCCCUGCAGCGGCAGAGGAACUUGCAUGAACACAAGGUGUCACUAGUUGAAAACCAUCUGGCUGGACUGGAAGGAAGGGUGCUGGCAGACAUGUUCGACUUCCUGUCCAAAGAGCUGGUGAGACUCCAGGAAGAGAGGAGGAUCCAUGCCUUUGCCAUGCUGGCCGAACGACAGCGGAGGAUGCGGGAAGCCGAGGAGAGUGGUCGGCGCCAGGUGGAACAGAGGCGCCUGCGGGAGGAGGACGAGAUAUUUAAGGAGGUGGUUAAAGUUCACCAGAGUACAAUAUCUUCAUAUCUGGAAGACAUAAUACUGAACACCGAAGCGAAUACUGCAGAAGAACAAGCCAGGGCGGAAAUUGAGAAGAUGGCUAAGGAAAUCAAUGACAUUGCUUAUGAAAUGGAAAACCGUCGAACUCAGCUUCAGUCAGAGGAGAUUGUUGCCGAGUUGGUUUAUAGUUUCCUGAUCCCAGAGGUGCAAAAGGACUUCGUCAAAGAAAAAGUGAGGAACGCACAGCGGAAGCAUAUUCUUGCAGCCCAUCAGAUUAUCCACGGCCACACAGGAGACAUGCUUGCAAGGGACUUUGCUGAACAACCUCAAGAUGAGGGCUCAGACACUGACAAGUUUCUUAAGGAAAAAACUCAAAGUGAGAAAGACAGCUAAGGCUAUGAUCUUUUUAAAAGAAGCUAUACAAAUCAUCAUAAAGAAUUUCAGUAGUCUGUGCUUCUCCCAAGAUGUGUGGUUCUUAUGGGUUUGUCAAUGUGUGAUCCAUGAAGAGUAUAUUUCUCUUAAACUCACAAUGAUUUAAAAUGGUGUUCAGUAAUAAUAAUCAAAUGAAGGAGCUUUGUUCUCUUUGGUCUGUGUACCAAAAGGCAUGUUAAAAAACUUCAUAGCAGGACCAUUUAUGAGAUCCCUAAACUAGAAACCCAAAUGUCCAUCUACAUGGCAAUAGACAAAUGGUGCUAUAGCAAUACCAUCAGCUCACUAUCGGGCUUUCGAUCUAAGAAGUAUAUUCAAGCAACAUCUGCACAGAGGGCAGUGUUGGAGAGCCAUCUGCCCAGCCUGUGUGCUGACAAACAUCAGGGUUGGAUGGAUCCUUCCUCAUUUAAAGAUCAGUAAAUAGAAAAAAACAAUAAAUAAACCAAAGCAUCAACAACAAAUUAACAUGGGACCCGUGCAAAGAAUUGCCAAAAGAAAAUGUACGUUACUCUGAAAAUGUAUGUUACUCUUAUAAAAUACCUUAUUAUAGAAAACAAGAAAAAUUAUCUGCUUGAUGUUUUGAA